CCGUAGAGCGGUGGGAAGCUCGACAAUACUUUUUGGAUUGAAUUUGGAUUUUUCCUAGGUUACCAGUCGUCCGAUGGCCGGACGUCUCGGUUGGACAGGAGAUCCCGAUGGAGGAGGUCGAGGAGGAGGAGGAGGAGGAGGUCAUCCCGAUGGAGGAGGAGGAGGAGGAGGACGAGAAGGAGAAGGAGGAGACGGUCUCGAUGGAGGAGGAGGGGGAGAAGGAGGAGGAGGAGGAGGCGGACCCGAUGGAGGAGGAGGAGGAGGAGGAGGACGUAUCGAUGGAGGAGGAGGAGGAGGGGGAGGAGGUCCCGAUGGAGGAGGUCCCGAUGGAGGAGGUCCCGAUGGAGGAGGUGUGUGUGGAGGCGGGAGGAGGUGGCGGGCGGAGAUAGGCGGAUGUAAGCGAAGGCGUGCGGCGAAGGGACUCGUAGGAGUGCAAGUGACGUGGACGCAGACCAGUGAGCAGCCUGCGUGCAUCGAGUACCUGGAGCUGUUGAUCCUGCAGGCUUGGAGAACGGACGUGGAAGGUGAUCUUCUCGGUUUUCUCUUCGGAUCGGAGCGGCUGGACCAUCGCCAGCCGAUUACUCGAGAACUCGUCGUCCCGCUCGUGCAACUGGCUGACGAUCUCUCCCUCGACAUCGUUUCACAAAGCGACGACAGUCCCGCUCCACACAUCAUCUCGAGGGCAUUAGCACCGUAUCUUCAAUGGACUGCUUGCUUGGAGGAACCUGGGAGUGAUAGCACUCUGCCAUCACGGCAGGAGUACUUGAAGCCGUACGGGAUCAUUGAUCGCGCCUUCUAUCCGAAGGAGCCCGAGGAGGCGCUUGAAGGAGAAGAGGAAGCCACUGAAGAAGAGGGUGACGCCAACGAAGAAACGUCAGAGGAGGGAAGUUAUAGCGAGUACAGCGAAGGGGAACAGAGUGAAGAAGAGGUAAAAGUAGAAGAAAAAAAAGAAGAAGACGAAGAGGAGGAAGCCGGAUCGGAGUGGGAGGAUUUGCCGGAAGAAGCGGCGCGCACAGGCACGGAGGCGGAAGAUCUCGAUGCAGCACGUAGAAGGGAAGAGAUCGCCGACGUGAAAAACCAGCUGGAGAUCGCCAGCGAGGCGAGCUUGUACAUCAACGACGACCCAACCAGGGAUCCUGAGCCCCCCGAGCCCGAAGAUGGCGGAUCAGCAACCGCGGCCCCGAGCGCAUCGCGACGGAGACGGAGCCGAUCUCCCUCCCCCUCCACCCCAACCCGUCCCCCAGUUCGUCCACGUACCGAUGCGGGGGAUCGGCCUUCGUCCCCGGUCAUUAUCCCGCCGUCCCCUUGAUUGCCUUACCCUCUCCCAGAUUUCUACCCCCGUCACCUUCCCUCGCAACCCCUUUCCUCCCAAUACUUUCGAGCACUUUUACUCCACCCG